CGUGCAUUUCAUGAAAAACAAAACAAAAAAAAGAAAGAACCUGACCCAGGAUGAGGAUCGCGUGAGCACUCCUCUUCAGAUCCGCACAAGCAUUGCAUAUCAAAUCAAGCAUCCUGUUCCUUAUCUCUGUCUCUGCAUUUCCCUUCCUUCUUCUUCUCUCUCUCUCUAAAACCCUAAUUCUAUACAUGGAAGGGAAAUCUCAAAUCUAAUGACUAAUUAAUUAAUCCAUCGAUCAAGCAUGGAGUCCGAACUCAAAGACCUCAAUUCGAAGCCGCCGAACGGCAACGGCAACAGCGUUCGCGAUGACCGUCCUCUGCUGAAGCCGGAGCCUCCGGUCUCCGCCGACAGCAUCGCCGAUAUGGAGAAGAAGUUCGCCGCUUACGUCCGCCGCGACGUGUACGGCACCAUGGGACGCGGCGAGUUGCCGACCAAGGAGAAGCUCUUGCUCGGUUUCGCGUUGGUCACUCUUCUCCCCAUUCGAGUCGUUCUCGCCGUCACCAUAUUGCUCUUUUAUUACUUAAUUUGUAGGGUUUGCACUCUCUUCUCUGCGCCCACUGGCGAAGAGGAACAGGAAGAUUACGCUCACAUGAGUGGGUGGAGGAGAACCAUUAUUGUUUCGUGUGGACGCGCCCUCUCCAGACUCAUGCUUUUCAUUUUCGGCUUUUAUUGGAUCCCCGAAUCGAACUCUGCCUCUCAGGAAGACAAGAGUCGGCAGCCCGAAGAGUUGAGGAGACCUGGCGUAAUAAUUUCUAAUCAUGUGUCGUACUUGGAUAUUUUGUAUCACAUGUCUUCCUCAUUCCCUAGUUUUGUUGCUAAGAGAUCAGUGGCUAAACUUCCGCUAGUCGGUCUCAUCAGCAAGUGCCUUGGUUGUGUCUAUGUUCAGCGGGAAUCAAGGUCAUCAGACUUCAAGGGUGUUUCAGCUGUUGUCACUGACAGAAUUCGAGAAGCUCAUCAGAAUGAGUCUGCUCCAUUAAUGAUGUUAUUUCCAGAAGGUACAACCACAAAUGGAGAGUUCCUCCUUCCAUUCAAGACUGGUGGUUUUUUGGCAAAGGCACCGGUACUUCCUGUGAUAUUACAAUAUCAUUACCAGAGAUUUAGCCCUGCCUGGGAUUCCAUAUCUGGAGUGCGCCAUGUGAUAUUUCUCCUGUGUCAGUUUGUGAAUUAUAUGGAGGUGAUCCGAUUACCUGUUUACCAUCCUUCACAGCAGGAGAUGGAUGAUCCCAAACUAUACGCUAAUAAUGUUAGAAGGUUGAUGGCUACUGAGGGUAAUUUGAUACUUUCUGAUAUUGGGCUAGCUGAAAAACGAAUAUAUCACGCUGCUCUCAAUGGUAAUAAUAGCCUGCCUAGUGUUUUGCAUCAGAAAGACGAAUGAUAAUUUCAUGGCCCCCCGUCUCAAAUGAAAUGUAGUUCCCGUCGAGUUUUAGUUUCAAACUUAGUAUCUGCUUAUGAAUGGACAGCUUGUGUGUGAGGGGUAUUUAUAGCUAAAUAGUACACAUUCACCUAAACAUCUGAAUGGUACUUGUGUAAUUUUCUUGUAAAUAAUGUGACCAAUAAUGUUUUAAUUGCUGGUGAACUCAAUUGAGCCACACAAUUCAAGAUCUAUAAGUUUUACUGUUCUUCGUUCUCGUUUUGAUUGUGAUAAAUGACCCGACUCAUUUGAGAGAGGCCAUGUUACCUUAGAUCUGAACCUUCUCUUUCGUUUUCCUGCAGGUUUGUUUUCCCAAUGCUAAUUCAUCGGAUUCGUGGUCUGUAUAUUCAUUGUAUGGUUCCAUUAUUUAUCAGGAAAGAAAAAGUAAAUUAAUAUAGAAAAUUCUGUGCAGAACAAGUAUUCAUACUUGAAAAUGUAUUUAUCUGAUAAUUGUCUCUAGAGCAUUAACGGAUUUCUGAGCAGGGUUCAAUGUAUCUAUAUUUUUGGUCAUCUUGUAGGGUCAAUAGGAUCCACUUCAAUAUAGGGUGUUACAAAAUAUGAUUUCCGAUUCUUGUUAUUAUUCAA